GUAUUUAUCAGUGCGCGUCCUUCGGUUCGUUUGAUUUCGCCGCUUUAAUACCGGCGAUCAACGAGAUGUAGUGAUGCCGAAAAAGGGCACGAAGCAUGUGAAAGACUCAGGAAUCGCGAAAAGACACAGCAAGGGUGAUUCAACAAAAUCGGAUAUUAAAUCCAAGCACUUUCGGAGUGUUCAUAUCGGUGUUUCGAAUGGUAGGCGAUGGCUUUCGCUCAGGAAGCGUUUGGGAUUAUUGACGGAUGAAGAGCUGGCUGUAUAUUUGCUAGAUUUGGCCGACUCUAUCGUAAGGCGAGAUGGAAAGUGCAACGAAGUUGACUCGUGGAAAGCCAAUCACGACAAGGAAAACGAUUCCAAUGUUUCUAAAGCUGAAAGUACAUUAGUUGAUGAAGAAGAGGAGCCCUUACGUCGUAGUCCAAGAAAACAAGGAACAGAGGUUCCAGAUCCCGAGGUGCCUUCCAUCGAUACGAUACAAUCGCUCCAGCCAACUGUAGUUUUAGAUGAUGUGUUUAAACUACACGUAAGACGUAGUUUAAGAACCAAGCAUCACAAAAGUAAAGAUAAACAUCACAAAGAGAAACGUAAAAAGAGAAAACACCCUAAAACUGCAGAUGAUCUCGAAUUAAAAGUCAAGCAACAUGACUCAGAUUCAUUAAAAAAUGAGCAGAAGACUCAUAAAGAGCCAGUAGAUACGAAAGUAGCGGCCAAGAAUCCAGACUGCCGAACCAAUUUAGUUCUACAAGAAUCUAAAGUCAAAGCGAGUGAAAAGAAAUGUACUGCCACCACUGAAGUUUUAGAUAAAGUAGAAUGUGUGAAAGAUGUACGUAGCGAAAAUGAUCUGCCUAUCAAGAGUGUGGAGGACACGAGUGCAUUUGAAGACGAAAAAAAUAAGAAUUAUAAUUUUGAGUUGAAUGAACGAGAGCAGAACAAUGCUACGCAAAAUGGAGAUUUGGAGAAUUUAGCUUUAGAAACGAUACCGAAAAAUAUAGAAAACGAUAGUUUAGAAGAAACUUUAAAUUAUCCCCUGGAUUCUAAAUCUCAAAAUAACGAGGAGAGGAAUAUUCUUCAGUAUGGCGGUGUCGAAGAAAAUGCAGAAACGGUUUCAACUUUAUCGAAAGAUGAUUCAAAGGAGCCAGACGACCGGAAAUUGAAGAGGAAGAAAAGGCGCGCAAAGCACGAAAAUCAAGCUGAGAAGAACACAAUGACCCAAUCAAAUGAAGCUCCUGGGGAAGAAGCAAUGCACAAACAUCGCAAACGAAAACACAAACACGUGCAGGGUGAGCACAAAAACAAGAAACAUCAUGAUGUUCGUAAAGCGCCACAGGAUGGAAUCGUUGUUACAGAAGAGCCUAAAGAAUUGGAUUUAAUUGCAACUGAUUUUCCUGGUAUCGCAGCUGACAUGAUCCAGGAUGAGCAAGUUUUAGAAAAUGCUAAUUUGGAACCUCAGCGAUUAGCAAUUACUAUAAAACUCUGUCAAGACUGCAACAGUCGGCAUUUGCAGGAUGCUUGUCCCUUAAUCACACCACAAUAUGUUAUCAGUGAUUCUAUAACAUAUGAAGAUUGGUUAGUCAAGUAUCAGGAUAAUCUUGAUGUUGUGAAAGCCAUCAAUUCCCAAGAUCCGAUGUCCGAAGGUUAUGGAAAGUUCACGGAUGAUGGAUUUGAUUCUGAUGAAGAAUCAGUGGCUUCCGAACAUUGUAAGCUGAAGGUCAAGGAAGAAAGCGAGGAGAAACAAUUACAAAUAGACCAGAGUAAACCCCUAUAUGCUAGGGAAUCUCUGCCGGAAUGUUUGCAACUGAGGUCUACAAAUUCGGAACAUGGACUGGGAAUUUAUGCGAAAAGUCCAGUUCCAAUAUAUGCUCAGUUGGGUCCUCUUAUUGGCAGACCUGUUAAGGAAAUGGAUAUACCUGAUGACUUUUCUAUGCGGCAUAUUUGGGAGGUUGAUAACAAUGGUAAAACUGGUUACAUUAGUACCACUAAUCCACUGAAAAGUAAUUGGAUUCGAUACAUUAGACCAGCCGAAUCGAAAGAAGAAAGAAGUGUAGCUGUAAUUACCAAACAAGGUGAAUUACAUUUAGUAACCACUCAAAAUAUUACAUCUGGAAUGGAGUUGACCUACUGGGCCGAUUCGGAGUCUUCCGCAUGGACGAGAAAGAAUAAAAUAGACAAAACAAAUUGCGGAGGUUGUAAUUUGAACUUCACUCAUCCCAUUUAUUAUCGUCUUCAUUGUUGUAUUUUUCACGAUACAAAUUAUAGUCUUACCAUUAGGAAAUAUCAUUGCAAGGUUUGCGGAGCUGCUGUUUUGGGCAAGGAUAACAUUAUGAAACAUGCAGCUGAACUGCAUGCAGGUCGUGGUGCAUACCAGUGUCAGUAUUGCAAGAAAUUCUUCUUAAGAUUAAAUUAUCUUGAAAUGCAUAGGACGUAUGGAUGCUCUCAAAAUCCGCAACGUUCUAGGCCCUUGUGUGAUUUUUGUGGUCGCAAAUUUUGCCAACCACAGAAGCUGAAAGUACACAUCAAACGAAUGCACAGCGACAUGUCUGAAGUACUUCGAGAAUUUCAGUGCAAAAUAUGCCUAAAAUUGUUGGGUUCGCGUGCCGCCCUCCAACGUCACAUGAAAGAAGUACACCACAAAGAUGUCGUUGGAGCAGCUACGUGUGAUCGUUGUGGGAAAAUGUUUCAAAAUAAAAGUAACUUAAAAAUUCACAUGCUGACUCACAGCGGAGUAAAACCUUUUAAGUGUAAAGAAAACGCUUGUAAAGCUGCCUUUACCACUAAACAGUGCCUACAAUUUCACUACAAAAAGGUGCAUGGUCUUACGGAAGAAAUGAUGCCUAAAAUUGAGCGAUCUGUUGCCUACACGUUUGAUGCCUACAGUGGAGGUAUAAUAGAAGACAAUGGAAGAGGAAAGUCGCCAAGAAGGAAUAGAACCAGUUCUCAGGACAACAGCAACAGUUCACCUUCUCUAGACGAGUGUAGCUCAGAAAAUAGUCUCAAAGCUGAAUCUUGCGCAAAUCUCGCUCAGCCUAGUUCAAAUGAAUUUCCAAAUGAAGUAGGUACGAUUCGAUUCAAGGUAGAUCGUGAUGUACCUACACCGCCGCUUCAACAGUCAGUGCCAAUGUCGAAUCCUGUCGAGUCGCCGAUGGAAAAUAUUCGUACAGAAAUAGAUCUCUACGGGAGCUCAAGAAUGCAAAGUAAGGGCAGCAAAAAAUGGAUGGGUGAAUUUAAUCCACAGCCAACAACGGACAUCACUAAUACUCAUAUUUCCGAAUCGUCUGUCACGCAAGAUGUUUAUGAGUUUGAGGAAAGUCGAAAGGACGUUGAUGAUGAAGAUGAGGAGGAGGAGCAGGUGUCUCAAACACACAAUUUGUUGAAUGGCGACAAAUUGGGUAUGAGUGUGUAUAGACGCACGGAAAGUGCGAGUGCCAGUCUCUUGGUGGAAGCUGCUUUGGAUGCGGCUGAACGAGACAUAGGAGCGGUUUCUAGUCCUAUUCUAGAUGACAAUGAUCGCGAUACACAUCUCUAUUCCAUCUCGAAUCAUUUGCAUUCCCCAAUGCCGCAAAGAUCACCCGACACUCAUCUCGAUUCUUAUAUUCAACAUCAAGACGAUCUCAUGCCAUCCUCGCCAACACCAGACAAUCGACACACGCCGCCAAAUCAUUUGCACAUAGACUACCAUCUUCAUCGACCCCUCGACUACAUGACUAGCAGAACUCACAAUAUCGAGCAGUAUCUUCACCAUGAAGAUUUGCCACGCGUUUCAUCACCCAACACCUACAUUCACGUUCAACAAGAGGAUCUAACUUCGCCAUCCGCGACCCCAAAUCCGCGCUACCAGGAUAUGCAUCAUCACCAUCAUCAAGUUCCAACCGACAAUUUGUCGAGCGACGAGGGCGAUUCGGUUGCCCAAAACUUGAGUCUCUCCGUGAAGGAGAAAUCCCUGCAGCUCGAUUUGUCAACGUCCUACAAGUAUGAUGCUCUGGAUUCGGAAUUUGGAAGGGAGAGAUCAAGCUUUGAGCCCCUCGUUCUUAGCAGUGGAGAAUUGCAGGGAUUGGAUAUGUCGGCGAGGGGAUUUCAUCACAGUUUUGGCAGCCAGGCGCAAAACACAAGGUAUCAUCCUCAUCAUUUGUACGAAAUUUCAGAACGGCAAAGUGUUGAUCUCAGUAGGACCGGUGGCUACUCAAUGUCGCCUCCACCUCCGCCACCUUAUCCCCACAGUGAUGUGUUGAGGGUAGUGAGUUUAGAUUUAACACCAGGCGGUAGACACAGUGUGGAUUUGAGUCUAUCGAGGGCCCAUCAUUUGCAUGGACCUGGCGCUCGAUUAAUUACGAGUCCGCAACCACCCGGUUCUUCGACACCACACGUGGUACCUGACGCAGUUGAAGGACGAAUUCUAUCGCCGCCACCUCCUCCAUUACCCGGAUAUAACUCGACGUAUCCUGUAAGUCCUACACCUUAUCAUCCACCCAGACCUGGUUAUCAUCAUUAUUCCGGCUACUACUGAUUAAGUUGGGGGGGUCCGUAUCUCAUCUGAUCAAUAAUCCAAAUCCAGUAGGGAUGUGCAGUCGUUUAUUCGAUUGUUUGAUAGAAAUUUAGACACGCUUACAGGGUGGCCGCUGGACCCGGGAAACUGGAAAUUUUAUGAGACCGGGAAAAACCGGGAGAUGAAAGUGAAUUUAUUUUUUGACCGGGAAUUUUACAACAUUUUUAGAAUAAAAAAUAUCUGUCCAACUUGGAUUUCAACCGUAUUUCA